AUGUUCGCCCAGCUGAAGCGCGAGAGUCUGCGCAAGUUGCAGGCAAUGGAAGACAAGAGCCCCAAGGGCUGCAUCGAUGCACCCAUUGUAGACAUGAUCCACACGAUCAACGCUCAUCCUGAUUACGUGACGAGCAGCUCGUGUUCCGGCCGCAUUGCACUUUUCUGCGGCGAAGCUGCAGCAGGAAAUGGAGAUGCACCUGGCUCGGAUCUGAUCACGAAAGGCGGCAAGUGGUUGAUCGCUGCACACGCCACCAUCACAUUUGAUCAAUUUGUAACGGCGCUGCGCUCUCCUGAUGCCCAAUUGAGCAACAGCAAUAUGAUUCUAUUCAAGCACGAGCCAUUCAUCAUGCACGUCGUGUGUCGCAAUGUCGAUGCAGCAAAAAGGUUGUUGCAGUGGGGCAUUGCAAGCGGUUUCCGGGAAUCGGGCGUUGUCCUUGGAAACCGGAAAAUCGUGUGUGCAAUUCGUACGACUGCAAACGGGUUUGAAAUUCCACUUGGACGGAGCGCGGAGCACUUGCUGGUCAACGACGAGUACCUUCGAUGGAUCGUAAACAUCGCCAACCAGAAGUUUGAGGCCAAUGAGCAGAAGACCGACCGACUCUUCGAAGCUUUUCGUGGCGGAUUCUGCCAUCCAGCAGCGGUGGUGCAAACUGAUAGUAGGUGUUUGGUUGAAUUGAGCUCUUGGACAGAGGUAGCGUGCAAGGAGAGCGUUCAGCUGUUGGGACACGCAAGCGUGCGGUACCGAGACUCGAUUGUAGUGUUUGGCGGUCAAGGGCCUACCGCUUCAGGCUUAACGACACGCGUUGCAACAGUGACUUUUCUGUCGCCUUCCAAGGAAGGAUGUCUUUCACAGACAUACCAUGCGACGGCCGGGGAUCAAGGCCCGUCAGCUCGGAUGUAUCACUCAUGCACUGUUGUGGGAACACGCAUGAUAGUGUUCGGUGGUCGCGCCAGCCCUGCCAAACCUCUAGGCGAUUUGUAUAGCAUGAAUUUGGAGACAAAACAGUGGGAGACGAUUGCCACCCAAGGAGUCGGUCCUUCUCCACGUUGGAAGCAUUGCAGCUGCGCUGUCGGCUCCGUUGUGUACGUGUACGGUGGCCGCGAUGACCAACAGGUGUUUGGAGACAUGUUUGCUCUCGACCUCGAUCGAAACCCGCCUCAGUGGCGUCAACUCGAUGGUGUUUUCGAAUCUUUACGUCGAUUUGACCACGUUGGUGCGGUUGUUGAAUCCACAAGGCUUGUGUUUUGGGGAGGUAUGUCAUCAUUGGAAAGCGGUGAUUGCAGCGACACUGGCGGUGCAUGCUUGCUUUUCGACACUGUGAAGGAGACCUUGGAACUCAAAAAGCUCGAAAACGCCAGCGACAAAAGCCAGUCUCCUGCACUGUUCGCUGCGAGUGCUUGCUCCAUCAACGAGUACCAGGUGCUUGUGGUGGGUGGUAUGACGUCUGCAUUACUUGCGAAUGGAGACAAGGCGACUCGACAAGUCUAUAUGCUGGACGUCCAUGAUUUCAAAUGGAAAGAGCUCGGUGAAAUCAAGCAUGAACGUGCAGCUUUCGUGGGACAUAGCACGACGUGGAUGCCAGCAAGCAAUGUCCUGUACAUCUUGGGUGGCGGUUUCCAAUGCUUUGGUUUUGGGCAGUUUUAUUCGUCGACGUACCAGUGCCACAUAUCGUUGACUGUGUCAAAGACAACGCGUAUCAAUGGCCCCGAAGGCAACUCAGCAAAUGUGUUGACUGGAACGACAUCGGCCUUAUCGAAUGAAAAACCGCUGGGUGUCCUUGUCAACAAACUGGAAGUGAAGAAGGUGAAGACAUUACUGGAAAAGGCGCGCGUGUACGACAAAUCGCGACGUGUCCACGUAGCAAAUGAGUCGAUCGCCUCUGAUCUGAAGCAUACGGCAAAGUUUCUGAUCCCCGUGACAGCUACUAUUCGUGACCUCAUUGCCUCGACAAACGAUGCUGAAUUGCAAACGCUUGAGAUUGUACCUGACCAAGAUGCUUACACGAACAAGUUUGGUAAAACCAGUGGAUUCAACCGAAAUGAAGUCAUUCGUAGCACGAUUUGUGCUUUCGCUAGUCAGCAUGGGCUAUCUGCCGAGCUUGUGAAGGCUGUUCCGGAGAAGUAUGAGUUUGUGAGCGAUGUGUUGAUGGUCCCUCGAAAUUCGUUUCUCGAGCCACAAUGGGCACCGUUUGCUGCCGAGAUGUGGGCACAGGUGUGUGCGUCCGCCAAGCCUGCUUUCUCUCGUGUUGCGCGAAAAGCCUUUAUCGACAAAAGCGAGAAGCGGCAGAGUCGUGUGCAGUUGUUGUACCUGAACAACGAUGCACUCACGUCGCAGCGUUCGAAGGAGGCUCCUGGCUGGGUGGAAAUUCGUGAGAAUGGUAUUAUCUAUGGCUGGGAUCUCACUCGGGUCAUGUUCUCGUCCGGCAACGUCACCGAGAAGGCUCGCAUGGCAAACAUCAACUGCCGCGGCGAGACCAUCGUCGAUCUCUUCUGCGGCAUUGGCUAUUACGUUCUUCCCUUUCUCGUGCUCGGUGGUGCUGCAUUCGUCCAUGCUUGCGAGUGGAAUCCCGACUCGGUCGCAGCUUUGCACUUUAACCUGCGCCGUAACCACGUAGCAGACAGGUGUAAAGUCUACCUUGGCGACAACCGCGAGAGUGCUCCGACGAUAGGCGCAGUGGCUGACCGCGUGAAUUUGGGUCUAUUGCCUACGAGCGAGAAGGCGUGGCCGCUCGCCAUGCAGGUGCUGAAGCCCAGUGGUGGCUGGUUGCACGUGCACGAUAACGUUGCAGUGGAAGAUCGUGAAGCAUGGGAACAGCGCGUGGUGAGGUUCAUGCGACAGCUCGCGCAGCAGUACGGAAAAGACUUGACGAUUUCGUGCGAGCACGUGGAGAAAGUGAAGUCAUACGCCCCGAAAGUGUAUCACCUCGUGGCUGACAUCCACUGCGUGCCCAGGCAGUCGUCGGCCUAG